AUGGACUUCACGAUGGAUCGAGCGAGAACCGACUUCGAUCAAUGCGACCUGUCUUCUCGAGUCGAGGUCCGCACGUUUGUCGAGCCGUCAACCAAAACCUGGCAGUACGUCGUUAUUGAACCCCACGGCAUACACUGCGUUAUCGUCGAUCCGGUCCUUGAGCACACUGAUGAGCAACCACGAGUAUCAACAACAGCUGCAGACGAGCUUCUCGAUUUCAUCAAGCAGCGUCAGCUGCAAGUCGAUGCCAUCUUCGAGACCUGUUCCCAGUCAGAGACUACUCGCUCCGCAGCUUGGUACCUGCGAAUGCAACUACUGGUAUCACAGGGCUACGCACCACGAAUCUGCGGAAGCCGGGCUACAGCUCCGUUCAACAGGCUCUUCUCCCGCAAAUAUGGCAAGAAUUUUCGCGACACCCUGGAGAAUGACUACGCGGAUGGAGAGGCAAUGGCUGUGGGAAGCAUGAGCAUCUCAAUCGUGUCUUUGCCGGGACUUUCCAGCCCUGAUGGACGAGCUUAUCUCGUGGAGGACAACAUCUUCGGCGCACAGCCUGUUGUCGAGCUUCAGUCAAAGUUGGAACAGGCGAUGAAGGAUUGUUGUUAUGACUGGGACAGUAGCGAGCGGUAUCACCAGGCCUGGCUAUCGAUGCAGAAGAUACUUGGACUACCCGCACAUACCAGGAUCUAUCUGAGCAGUGCGGACACGGGCACAGCGGGCGAGGUCACGGCACGAAGAAGGCGUCGUCCUUUCUCGACCGUGCAGGAAUGCAUGCCAGAAGCCGAGACUGUUCAGUCCAUGGCAGACGACACCAGGGCUUUGCUAGGAGACACGCAGUAG